UGCACGUGGCGCAUAAAGUAUCAUGCACCAGGUGUCAGGCGAGGGUGACCUGGCCAGCACCCAAUCCGAGGUUCAGGCCUGAUGUUUCUGGCUGCUUGCUCAUGACGGCCGCCAAGAGCGCUGGAACGGCCAGGCGUGGCUUGCGAAAAACAGCGGGCGUCGCCUGGCUGGUGGCAUGCACGCACGCAUGGACACGCCCCCCUUUCACCGUAGCCGCAAUCGGGUCUGUUGAGGAGAGUUGAGAGACUGGGCGUUGUGGAUUCGAGCUGAACCGAAUUCCCAUCACAAAGGGAACUUAGACCUCCCAGUUUUUGAACCUUACUCCGUACCGAGUAUAAUUUUCGAGGACACUUGUUCACUCCUAGACAAUACCGAUACAACCAUCCGAAAGCUGUUGAGCCGAACCACGCCGCGCUUCUUGGGUUCCUGGUCAGCCUGGCCACUGAUUUGACGACGGUUAACGACGACUCCACGAGCACCCCUUUUAACGAAUACACCCCUCCCUCCCUCAACGACGGCCACCACCGCCGAGACGAUACAUUUCGAUUCUCUACACCAAAUAAUAUUAAAACCAUGGCGCAAACAGGAGCGGGCGGGUCCUACAACAACCCGCUGAAGAAAUUCAAGCUGGUAUUUUUGGGCGAGCAAAGCGUCGGCAAGACAUCUCUCAUCACACGGUUCAUGUACGACUCGUUCGAUAACAUGUACCAGGCCACCAUUGGCAUUGACUUCCUCUCCAAGACAAUGUAUCUUGAAGACAGGACAGUACGGCUUCAGCUUUGGGACACGGCAGGCCAAGAACGUUUCCGCAGCUUGAUCCCCUCAUAUAUCCGUGACUCGAGCGUUGCAGUAGUGGUCUACGAUAUAUCAAAUGCCAAAUCCUUCCAAAAUACCCGGAAAUGGAUCGACGACGUCCGCGCAGAGCGAGGCAACGACGUCAUCAUUGUGCUGGUAGGCAACAAGACGGAUCUCAACGACAAGCGUGAGGUUACCACCGCCCAGGGUGAGGAGGAAGCGCGCAAGAACAACCUCAUGUUUGUCGAGACCAGUGCCAAGGCGGGUCACAACGUCAAGAACCUCUUCAAAAAGAUUGCGCAGGCUCUGCCCGGGAUGGAAGGGGCUGACGGGUCGGCUGCUGCUUCUGCGCAGGCCAGCUCCCAAAUGAUCGAUGUUAAGAGCACAACUACACCACAGCAAGACGGGUGUAGUUGCUAGACAGAUUCAAAAUGUGAGGGUCUAGACGUACACGAAGGGGGAUGAAUGGGUCGGGAGAGAGCCAUGGUCAUUCCGCACACGAAUAUACCGCGCAACCUCUGUUUUGCUUGCUUUUGUGUGAAGGUUAGACUAGGGAAGCAUAGCGGGGGGUCAUGGGUGGCUUUCACGCACCAAAGCGUUUCACAUACUUGGUUAAAUCUACGUAAUGACAUAUCUUUAGGAGUUUGGGUAGCCGG